CAACGACCGCCCCUCUCUCCUUCGAUCUGCUUCCACUAUGGACCCCUCAGUGCCCUUGGUCGUUGACAACGGUACCGGUUUUGUGAAAGUGGGCUACGCCGGGUCCAACUUCCCUGAACAUGUGUUUCCCUCCAUCGUCGGCCGACCAAUCUUGCGCGCAGAGGAGCGCGUCGCAGGCUCGGCAGUAAUUAAGGAUGUCAUGAUCGGCGAUGAGGCAGCGGAGAACCGCAACUACCUACAAGUAACGCAGCCGAUGGAGCACGGUAUAAUUCGCAACUGGGAGGACAUGAAGCUCCUAUGGGACUAUACCUUCGACGAGAAGCUCCGCGUCGAUACCCGUGGCCGUAAGGUGCUCCUGACGGAGCCGCCCAUGAACCCGAAGGCGAACCGGCAGCGAAUGGCGCAGGUCAUGUUUGAAGAGUACGGCUUCCAAGGCGUGUAUGUUGCCAUCCAGGCCGUGCUGACGCUUUACGCGCAAGGUCUGACAACCGGGGUUGUCGUCGAUUCCGGAGACGGCGUGACGCACAUUGUACCUGUGUAUGACGGCUUCGCGCUUCCUCACCUCACGAGACGACUCGACAUCGCCGGACGCGACGUGACACGCUACCUGAUCAAGCUACUCCUCAUGCGCGGGUAUGCCUUCAACCGGACUGCAGACUUUGAGACCGUACGAGAAAUCAAGGAGAAAUUGUGCUACGUUAGCUAUGACCUCGACCUCGACACGCGGCUAUCAGAAGAGACGACGGUCCUUGUUGAGACAUACACUCUCCCUGAUGGCCGUGUAAUCAAAAUCGGGUCCGAGCGGUUCGAGGCGCCAGAAUGCAUGUUCCAGCCACACCUGGUGGAUGUCGAGCAGCCCGGUGUCGCAGAGAUGCUCUUCCAGACGAUCCAGUCCGCCGCAGUCGAUAUCCGCACGGAGCUCUACAAGCACAUCGUCCUUUCUGGCGGCUCGAGUAUGUAUCCCGGCCUGCCAAGCCGGCUGGAGAAGGAGAUGAAACAGCUAUACCUCACCCGUGUGCUCAACGGCGACCCAUCGCGACUCAACAAAUUCAAGAUCCGCAUCGAGGAUCCCCCACGCCGGAAGCACAUGGUCUUCCUCGGCGGCGCGGUGCUUGCGGACAUCAUGAAGCAACGGGAGGAGUUCUGGGUCACCCGGGAGGAGUGGUUCGAGCAGGGCGUGCGCGCUCUCGAUAAGCUCGGGCGCGGCGAGAACUAGACAACGACAUGCGGGGCAUGUGUUGCCGUCGGUGCGAGUGGACGAUUUGGGUAGUAUUGUAAUCAUGCUGUGACAAGUUUCCCGAAUGACGGAUUGAACAUAUCUCCCCUAGACUGGACAUACACAUUCCUCACGUAUACUGGCCACACGGACCGCUCACUGAUACUUUCAGGGACGUCUGUCGAAUACAUUACGUGAUACGGAUAUCAGUCUUCAAUGGUUCUGGUAUAUGCACGUUGUACCUUUGGCACCGCUGUCCGGGAAAAUAUAAUUCUCAUAUACUACCUAUGGAUG